GUACGUAGAUAACCGUAGUUUAUAUUUUACUCGCACUUGUGGAUACGGAACGUCCUAUGUUCUAGGAAGUUAUUUAUCUUUGAUACAAUUUUAUCGUUAAAAUAAAUUAUAAAUCUUAACAUUUAAAAGAGUAAAACAAUAAUGUCGACAAAAUCCUCAGUGGAUUUAAGAGCUGAAUUAGCGGAACUUGUAAAGCGUAAAGCUGAAAUUGCUGAUACUUUAGCAAAUUUAGAACGUCAGAUCUAUGCAUUUGAGGGAAGUUAUUUGGAAGAUACACAAUUAUAUGGAAAUAUAAUAAGAGGAUGGGACAGAUACCUAGCCAGCAAUAAAAAUACUAAUAGCAAAGCCGAUAAGCGUAAUAGGAAAUUCAAGGAAGCAGAAAGAUUAUUUUCUAAAUCAUCUAUCACAUCAAUGGCGGCUGUUAAUGGUCUUGUGGAGAACACACAAGAAAAAAUUGAACGAUACAGUGAAUCGGAGUCUCAAAUUGGAAACAGCGGCAGUGAGGAUAAUUGCAACUUCAACAAUUCUAAUACAAUCUCUAGCAAUAACAAGGAAACAAGUGGGAAGAAUCAUACUUCUGUACAAGCCGGAUAUACUCAAAAUAAUGGUACUGUUAGCAACCCUGAUUCUGCUUCCACCCCUUUCUCCAAUGGACCUAUAUCCAAUGGCAACAUAGAACAUGUUCCUACGCCAAUCAAGGAUUGCCAUAAUAACAGUAAAGACUCCAAUAAAACCAAAUCAUCUACCAAUAGUGCUAAAAAAAAUAGUAACAAAAGAUCAAGAAACAGAUAGAAUUAAUAAUGAUCAUUAAAUUACAUGCUUCUCUUCGUGUUCACAAGUGACAUUAUUAUUUAUGAACAAAUUUCUAUCUUUCAAAGUAAUUUAAUGCAAACAUCAAAGUGUAUUAAGGUAUCAAAGUAUCGACAUUAGAAAAAGGAACACGCGGGUUGUUGUUUACAAAAAAAAAAAAAAAAGAAAAAUAGGUUUCAAAGAAAAUUAUUAAAUUUGAAAAGCAAUGUGCUCCGAAUGAAGUUUUUUAACCAUUUGUACCUUUGAUGUAGAAAGAAAUUAAUUUAGCGCACACAAUGCGUUUUUAAUAAAUUAAUUACGUAAUUAUAAUAUAUAAUUGAAAAAAAAGAAAGAGAGAAAGCUAUCGGCGUUCUUAUAAUUGCAAUCAUCGUCAUUGUUAAAUACUUAUAAAAUAUCUAUAUUAAUUGUAUAGAAAUGUUUUUCUAUACAAUAAUAAGCUAAAUGCAGUAAUAAAACGGACAGAAUCUUAUGCGUGAGUAAACUAAUUAUUAAAGGAUAUAAUAAAUUUGUUUUAAAUGUAAUUCGUAAUGUACCUGUCCGAAUGUAGUAAAAAAGUAUUUUACAUGUACUGUUAUAUCUCGGUGAGAUAUAUCUCAAUUCGUCCAGCUGUUUUAGCAAAUAUUGUGUGUGUGUGUGUGUGUGUGUUGUGUGUUUGUGUGUGUAUGAAUGUCUUAUUUUAUUAUUUUUUUCUUUUUGUAUUAAAUAUUCUUAUUUCUGACACUAGCUUUAUACAAGGUGUCCAAGGUAUUGUCAGCCAAACGGUUUCAGCGUAUUCUAUGCACAAAAAUAUGAUAAAAAAAGUUAUAUAAGCACAGGUUGUUCUUUUUUCUUAUUUUCCUGCAUAGAAUAUAUUGACACCGCGUUUGAUCGAAAAAAUCUCAAAUAUCUUGUAUAUUCAAAUUCUCGACUCUUCUGUAUAGUAGAUUUUCUGUCUAUACAGAAUUAUCGUUUAUAGAUAGAUAAUAUAAAAUAUUGAAUAAUAAAUUAACUCUAAACAAUACACAUGAGAAUGGUUUAUAUAAAUAUAAUA